AAAUAUAAUCAUCUUACCUGCAUAUUUUAUUACAUAUAAUUAUAGAACAAUAGCCUUUGUGCCUUUCUGUUGUCAACAUCACGAGAAAUAUCUCUGCAAAGACAAUGUAUGGCAUGAAUAUCUCCUUCGUGUUUCCAAAAGGUAUUAACUAAAGGUAAAGGGCUGGUUUGUAUUUUUUACAAAUCUUUUAGUUCUAAAUAGAAAGUCCAUCUGUAUCUGGAGCCAUAACAUGCUAAGGAGUUCAUUGAAAUUUGCCAAUUGGAACUAUUGAAGGUUUCAUAAAAAACAGAGCACCUGCCAUUUGGCCAUUCAAAGUUAGAAGACGCUUUAAGCCGAAGAUCAGAAAAUACAACAAAUGUAUUGCUCGAAUUAACCAUUUCUGUUGAAUCUCUGCAGUAUGCAGACGAUAUGAAUAGUGACGUCAUCUUAUUAUCUAAUACCCGUAUCUCAUUUGUCUUGACAAUUUCAAAUGAUAGAGAGCAGCCAGGACGUUUAUCUUCUUAAAAUAGCAGCUGCUUUUAUAAGAUAAGUUUUCCACUCCCUUGCGGGGAGAAUUUGCUUGCUGCAAACCAACGGUCACAGUAUGGCAAAAGCAAGUUGUGUUAACCUCAAAACAGUUUUGUUUGGGUUUGGUAUUGGCUGGCUGUGCCUGCUUGUCAACUCUUCACAAUCGCUGUUUGAGAGAAUAGACAAUAAUUCAGAUCUUGAGCAAGACACGUUUUCUGUGAUAAUCGGACGGAUAUGGCAUCAGUGCAGUUUGGAUGAGAAGUGCAACUUUGUUGCUAAACGGAGCAGUGGCUCAAUGUUUGAAAAGAAACAAUCAAUUGAUGCAGUAGACAGCUAUUUUGCUGUAUGGAGGAGAGUUCCAGUAACUUCAUUCAGCAGCUGCAAAGACGCAUAUGCUUCAGGUAUAAAGGAGAAUGGUCUUGUUUCCCUUAGCUUGCCUGGACUCGGUCUUUUGAAUUCGUAUUGUGACAUGAAAACAAGUGGUGGUGGCUGGACUGUUUUCCAAAGAAGGGUUGAUGACACUGUUGAUUUCGAUAGAAAUUGGGAUGAGUAUAAAAGGGGCUUUGGUGAAGUUUUUGGAAAUUUUUGGCUAGGCCUUGAUGCCCUUCAUCAACUGACGAAUAACGGAGCAACCACUCUCCGCAUAGAUUUAAAACACAAAACCGGUGAGAUUGGAUAUGCCGAGUAUAAGGGAUUUAAAGUUGGUGAUGAGGCUUCGAAGUAUCUCCUCACAUUGGGAGAAUAUUCAACUCUGGGAACCGUUGGUGAUGCAAUGACGUACAGCAAGGGGGAACAAUUCUCUACCAAAGAUCAGGAUAACGAUAAAGCCGAAUUUCACUGUGCUGCUUCGUGGAAAGGAGGCUGGUGGCAUAACGCAUGUUUUGAAGCAAACCUUAAUAAUAACUACUAUAACAGUACUUCCGGUGACCCAGUUGCAGAAAUGCCAAGGAGAAUGAGCUGGAAAACAUGGAAGAAUGAGUUUGGCGAUAUUACUUUUUCUGAGAUGAAGCUAAGAAAGGACGAAUAGUUUACUUGGAGAGGAAGUGUUAGCUGGGCCGAGUCAUUUUUUUUUGCAUAACACUCAAGACUAAAUUAAAUUGAGACUCUAGAGAUUGAAGACCAAGGGCCUCGAAGCCAUGGGGGCAGCACGGGGCAGCACGGAGGCAGCAAGGGGGCAGCAAGGGGGCAGCACCACGGGGGCAGCACCACGGGGGCAGCACGGGGGCAGCACGGGGGCAGCAAAGUGCCUUUUUUAUGAAAUCGAUUUCCAAGCAAUAUCAAUCCAUAUCAAUAUUUUAAAUGCUAAUGAAAUUCAGGUUUCAAGUAUCUCUGGAUACCUACAUGAAAGAGAAAAGUCAAUAUUUUCCAUCUUGACGAGAACUGAAAAUCGAUUUGCCAAGCAAUUUGACCACAAAAAAAUGUUCGUUGAUGAGUUCACUUUAUCCUUCAUGAUCAUGCUGAAGAGAUUUCAGAUUGCUACCAAUGGUUGCUCCCAUUUUUUCGAUAUAUCAGUUGAGGCAUUAAAUAUGCCUUUAAUUCAAGCAAAGGCGUGGGAACCGGAGGGGCAGUGGGUACGUGCCUCCUUUUUUCAAAAAAUUAAGAUGACCUGCCCCUCUCCGAGAUGAUAGGGUGACAUUUUGGGGCCAUGGUCUACAAUGUAUCUAUUCGAUCUGCUUUUAGAAACACCAAAAAACAGGGUCACAACCAGGGUUACCGUGAUGACGAUUACAAAUUGGCCUUAGGCAUUGAGGUUUAGGGGGCCCUCGAGGUUUCCAAUUUGUGAAAGCAAUUAGUAAGACGUAACAAAAUUGUACAACUUUUUUAACGAUUGCAAGAAAAAGACUUUAAAAAUAAUGUGAAAAGGAUUAUUAGCUAAUCUAAAGGGCAUAGUCGUCGAAUUUUUCUGCUCGUUUCGUUCGCAAAGGGGCUUCCUCUAUCGGUUGUGCCACGAGGCCAACGAAAACUUCUCCACGGCACUGAUUUCAACUAAGUCAGAAAACGAUACAUGUAUCAUUGUAGCCAGGCUUUGUGUAACAGCCUUCUUAACCUUUCUGAAAUCUCUAUUAGGGUACUCCUGAAACAGGAAUUUAAAUCUUAAAGAAUGUUUGUUAGGGUGCCCCUCUAACCGGAUGUCCCACACUUUCAUAAUGCUUUCUACGUCCUUGGAUUCAGGACGUUUUAUUCAAGACGUUUCUCGAGUCAAGAAGUUUUCAUGCAGCAUGGUAUUCCUAUUCGACGCUUUAAAGGUACUGACCAGUUGGAAAUUUGUCCAAGUGGGCCCUUUGGCAUGUCCUAGAAGUUCUUGAAAAAUAGCUUGAAUUUGGUAAACAGUGCUAGAAUUCAUAUGUAUUUUUAUGAGCCAGUACUAAAAGCUUCUUGGGAGGUUUUGAGCGAUUUGAUUUUCUUAUGAGAUUCUUAUGGGAACCCUGGUGUUAUCUGAAAUUUCAAAAACAAGCUUUUGAAGCUUUUUUUAAGCCGAAUUGUCUCUCUUCAGAAGUAAGAAUAAUUGAAUGAUAUUGUUCAUUUUGCUCUCAAGAUCUUUCCCAUACAGAUGUAGCCAAAUAUUGAACUUAGUUCCAAAACGAAAUAAGUAUUCUCAAAUUUUACCUAACUACUACUAAGUAUUCAAGAAAAAAUCACAGAAUUUUAAUGCUUCAAUUGUACUUGUGAGUUUUGCAAGGAAUAUGUAUGCAACAUCAGUUUUAUUGGAUUUAAAUGAUAUUUAGCGCUGGUAAUUUAACUUAGUUGGCUUUAUUUAGCUUUAAUAUAGCUACAGAUCAGCAGCAAAAACACUGCACCUAUCCCUCCGAUAGCAUCUUAUACGUAUAUAUAUAUAUCUUGGUUAUUUUCAACAAAGAAGCAACAUUUUUGAUUGAAUUUUAGUAUACCAUUUCAAGUCAAAAGGUAAGGCUAUAGGCUUUGCAAAAUGGUCACAUUUUCAGCUGUCGGUUAUACCAAAUAAAAUACGUUUUCAGACGAGAUAGAUCAUCUUAUACCUAUAGAACUGCGUAUAUCUUGGUUAUUUUCAACAAAGAAGCAACAUUUUUGAUUGAAUUUUGGUAUACCAUUUCAUGUCAAAAGGUAAGGCUAUAGGCUUUGCAAAAUGGUCACAUUUUCAGCUGUCAGUUAUGCCAAAUAAAAUACGUUUUCAGACGAGAUAGAUCAUCUUAUACCUAUAGAACUGCGUAUAUCUUGGUUAUUUUCAACAAAGAAGCAACAUUUUUGAUUGAAUUUUGGUAUACCAUUUCAUGUCAAAAGGUAAGGCUUUAGGCUUUGCAAAAUGGUCACAUUUUCAGCUGUCGGUUAUGCCAAAUAAAAUACGUUUUCAGACGAGAUAGAUCAUCUUAUACCUAUAGAACUGCGUAUAUCUUGGUUAUUUUCAACAAAGAAGCAACAUUUUUGAUU